GAAAUAUCUUCAUAAAUAUGUAAUGAUCUCUAAUACUUCAAUUAGUUUUGCAAACAAAGUAGACAGGUAGGUAUGUUAAUUACCUAAUUGCUUAAAUUAAAUAUACGUACGUAAGAAAUAAAGUAAAAAUAUUCUUCUUACAUGAAUACCUGAGUUAGCACAAAAAUGAACUAGAUAACCACGAAAGAAUAAUUUUGGCAGCAACGGUUACGAAUGUUAAUAAAUACCACAUUAAUUCCACGGCUUCCUCAUUCAUUUAAUACAAUAAACCUCCAGUCAAUCCCCAUAUUCAAUACUAAAUAUCCCAUUAAGCACUCAACAAUAAGCUUUAUAUCUUUAGAAAUAAGGUACACGAUGAGACGUUUCGCUAAUAGAGUUCCACUAUCGCUCAUUUUUCUUCGCACCCCACGUAAUUAACUAUCUUCCCUUCGGAAUACUAAAGACCUAUUUAGUACCAAACCAACUAUUCUCGAAAGAAUAAGGAAGAUGUGAGAUAUCGCAGGUGUAAAAGAGAUAGGAGAGAGUAAUAGAUAUCACCCCAAGUCUUCACGCUUGCUGUAAGGGCGAUUAUGGUUUUAAAAGAAAAAAGUCGUAAGUGAGGGUAGUUUGAGUAUUGUUUGUGACGUUUUGUAGUUGGGUGGUGUCGGUACAUCUUUCCCCUUAUGUUAUUCUUGGACGGCAGCCGCCUGUGAAGUGAUAGGAAAUGUUUAUUUAACUAAACGAUAUUUACACUUUAUUGGAUAUUUAUGGUCAUUUAACUGUCAAAUGGAUGCCGUUAUUUAUGGAGCUUUUUAUGGGGAGAUUUUUGGUUACUGAGCUUUUACUGAAGUAGGUACAUUUUGAUUAGGUUUUUGUUUGUAUAAAAAUAAGGUAACCAUUUCGCUUAUCCCAAAACAUGACUUCGUAUCGAUUCAUUUUAAUUUACCCAUUUUAUUUUAAUUCCUAAUUUAAGAAACUAAGGGUAUGAAUUUAUUUUGCAACAACAAAUUAAUAAUGAAAUCCACCAGUAGCACCUUAGAGGAUUUAACAACGGCAGGAGACGCCUAGUCUGUAAUUUUCUGUACAAAACAGUCUGCCGGUUUUUGCGGGUACAAAUAGCCAUGUCAGAUAAACGUCAGUCCAUACAAUACAUGUGGCCAUUGGCCGAGGUUUUUGACAGAGGGGUAAGCUCUUAAAUGCGACUCUAGUUGUUAAAUCCUCCGAAAGUAGUGCCCUGAAUGAAGUAUCCGAUACCCGGUGCCAUUAGCCUAUUACUUAGCGAAUCAAAAUCAAUACUGUAAAACAAUAAAUUAAUUCAUAAACAAAAAAACAGUUUAAGUGACUCCAGACUUAUUUUGACCCUGUCGAUUAAAUUUCGCAAAAAUGCAUAAGUAACAAUUUUAGCGCAGUCAAAACACUAAUAAAAUAAAAUCACAAAAAGCUCCUAAUUAUCGAAAGGAUUCAAACAAAUAAAUCAUAUCGCAAAUAUUGUCAGCGGUACACAGUAAAUCACCAGCCUAAUUUGAAACGGAUCCGUGCGCUGCGUCAAAAUUCAGCUCUCGCGGCACUAAUCUCAUAAAGGGCUCCAGCACCGCUCAAUAGGAUUUAACAAGCGGCAUUCACGACUCCUCAUUAUAUUUUUAUACUUUAUACCUUUAGUGGCGGACAUAAAGUGCGCGAUCAAAACGCGCGAACCCCUACAAAAGGUAAUUAUGUUUUGAUUCCUACAAAAAAUCGAGUAUCACAAAGGAGACUAACGAGAUAAGAGCGUGCUAAAUCGCUCCCCCUGCGGCCCGCGCGCGGAUCAAUUCUCGGCCGAACGGUCGAUUGGCUGAGCGGGACGACUCCACGGGGGGCGGAGCUCUGCCCGGCCCGCCUCGAGGGCCUCCGCCGCUCCGGCCGCCAGUCCACCUCCGAGCGCCCGCAUGCGUACACGACACGAUCCCCCAGUGAACUGUGCUAAAUGGAACUGAACGUUCAAUGUUAAAGAAACAAAGCUACGAAGAAAAAGAAGUGAAUAUGGCGAUAGAGAGUGUUUCGAGGUACCCCAGAAGCCCAGCGGAGGCUACAGAGCCGCCGAAGCCUUCGAGGAUAAGCUUCAGCGUGGCUUCUAUACUCGCCGACACGAAAGCUAACGAAGAGACUGCUGAAGUUCUGAGGCAUCAUAGGAGUAUUCCGGAAUCUCCUUUAAGACAAUCGCCGUCGGCUCAGCCCGAGCUGCCGGGUGGAAAGUCAUUGUCUCCGCGGCCUUCUUCGCAAACGCCUCCUUUGAACUUGAACGCCUCAGCGACGGUGACUUCUUCGGAUGACGAAUACGAUGAUGGUUCGAUAGUUGACGUCGAAGAUUUGAAUUUGCGGAACGGUCAGAGCGAGGACGAGGAGCGGUCGAAGGAGGAGAGGUUAGGGCCGGUGCGGCCGACCCCGUUCAGCGCGCUGGCGGCGGCGGCAGCGGCGUACCACGGGCUAGGCGGCUGGCCCGGCGCGCCCUCCGUCGUGCCUUCCUUUGGACCUCUAUUUCCUCCACACUUCAACGUUGGACACCUAACAGACGCCAACGGCGGCCCUCCAAAGCUGAAAUGCAACCUGCGCAAGCACAAGCCGAACCGCAAGCCUCGGACACCCUUCACAGCGCAGCAGCUUAGAGCGCUCGAGAGCAAGUUCGUCGAGAAACAGUACCUUAGCAUUGCUGAGCGCGCCGAAUUCUCGUCCAGCUUAGGAUUAUCUGAAACCCAGGUAAAAAUCUGGUUUCAAAAUCGCCGAGCGAAAGCGAAGCGAGUGCAAGAAGCAGAGAUCGAGAAACUAAAAAUGGCGCAGUUCUCUCGUCACCCCCACCACUUGUAUCCCCACCCGCUGCAGCAGUACUUCCACCCACAUCCCCUGAUGGGGGGCCGACCUUUGCCCCCGAUGGGCAUGCCGCCCCACCUAGGGAUGGUUCAGAGCCCCGUGUCAGGGGGAUCGCCAUCGCCUAGUACGCAAACUGGUCCGCAAUAACAUGAUAACAAUGUGGGUCUGACGAGUAAAAUGAAGAAUAUAAAAAAUAACUAAAACCAGUACAGAUAGUGCUACAGUAUUUGAUCAAAUCGAAUGGUACUUUUUAGGGCAAUAGCUCACAAGUGAUUUCAUAUUCGUAUUUAAUUUCUUUAUCAAUUAUGUAAGAUACGAGUAUCUAAAAUCUUGUCUUGGAAAAAUAAUGUCAUAAUAUUUGACUGAAGAAAAAUAAUUAAAUAAAUAGACGUCUGAUGUGAAUUCAAAUUGAAAUGUAAGGACUUUUUUAUCUGACAAUAGUCGAGUGAUUAUGUAAAUUAUUCUGUAAAUAUGUAGUUAAGUUAGAUUAAAUAGCACCAUAUUAAGGAUUGUAUUAAUUUAAUGUAUUUACGUUGUGUAGAUUCGUUAUUACCAAAUAUUUUAGUUUAUUCGAUUUAUUAUGUUUAAAAAACUCUUUCUAAGGCAAUUUUUUUCGAUCCUUUUUAUAUUUGAGGAUGAUAUAUGCCCUGAGAGUUGGAAUACAGCUAAAGAAAUAUUGUAAAAUAUUUUUGUACAUAAACAUAAAUGAUAAUUGUACAUUAUUAUUUCUACUUCAGUAGUUAAAUAUAUAUCUAUUUCUUUCACAAUGAA